AUGGCUGCACAACACUUUCGGAUGAUAAAGGAGUCAGAAAAUACUGAGAUAGAGGAGGAAUCAGUGGUAUACACUCACUCUUAUGUGGUAAAGGAGAAUGGUGGUAGAUUGAUAGAUAGUGCAGAGAGCUGCAAAACACUAUUUCAGGCACUUCAUGAUAUCGCACAUAGCCAUGGAGACUUAAACUUUCUUGGGAGAAUAAACGAAAAGGAAAAGAUUGAAUACAUAACAUACAAAGAGACACACAUGUAUGCAGAGGAAGUGGCACAGUUCAUUCUGGCUCACUCGGAGAUGCCAAAAGAAAAAAAACCAAUCAUUGGGAUAUGCUCAGAGAACAGGCCAGAGUGGAUUAUAACAGAGCAAGCAACCUACUUCUACAGUGGAAUAAAUUGCCCAAUAUAUGCAUCCUUUGGGUGGAGUGCAAUCAAGCAUAUAUUAAAUGAGACGCAGAUGGGGAUUUUGUUCAUUUCAGAAAAAAAUGCAGAAAAGAUAGCCACCAGCCUGCACAGUGAAAAUAAAGCAGAGCUUAGUCUACCAAAGAUUUUUGUGCUCAUGGACUCUGAGAUAUCUGAUGCCACAGUGCAAACACUCAGCACAUUUGGUGUGGAUCUGUAUUACUUCUGGGACAUUGUGGAUCGAUGCAAAAAAGUAAGUUCUUCCAGUGAAAAGGUCGCUGAGACAGCAGAGACAGGAGAGAGACCCUCUGGGAAAUUCAAGAAAUUCACUCGAAAUGCAGAGAAGUAUGAGGAAAUGAAAAAGCUUUUUUGCUCCCCAAAGCCAGAGACAAUUGCAACAAUCUGCUACACAAGUGGGACAACAGGGGCACCAAAAGGAGCAAUGCUUAUGCAUAAGAAUUUCAUCAGUGUGAUAGGAGCAUUCAUUCUCCUGUCAAAAAGAGGAAUUUUCUUUGAUAUUAAGGCAAAAAGGAGAUAUCUCUCUUUCCUUCCACUAGCACAUGUGUUCGAAAGAAUUGUAGAGUCUGCACUUCUGCUUAGCAAAUGCGAAAUAAUCUACUAUAGAGGGAAUCCUAAGCAGCUGCAGAAGGAUUUUAGCAUCUCAAAGCCACACUACUUUGUUGGAGUUCCAAGGGUAUUCAACUCAGUAAAGGCAGCAAUUGAGAUGAAGGCCAAGGAGAAGGGAGUAAUUGCAAACUUUAUCUUUAAAUAUGCACUCCUGGUGUGCAUGCUGUGCAAGAACAGGGUUAUUCGGGGAGUAUUUGGGAAAACCAUCUUUAAGACAAUCCGAGAGACCUUUGGAGGAAGUAUCCUGUGCAUGCUUUCAGGAUCAGCACCUUUGUUACCAGAGACUGCACUUUUCUUUGAAGCCAUCUUUAACUGUCCUAUGUUUGAAGGCUAUGGACAAACAGAGACUGCAGCAGGAAAUAUCACAACGGACAUUUUUACUGUGGAAAAGGGUGUUAUUGGAGUACCUUUCCCUUGCAACAGAGUCAAGCUAGUGUCUCGCCCAGAAGCCAAUGCAUUUGCAGAGAAGAACCAAGGGGAAAUACUUAUGCAGGGUCAUUCCGUCUUCUAUGGAUACUACAACCAGAAAAAGCUGACUCGAGACUGCUUCUACUACCCGCAUGGAAGCAGAGUUGAUGGACCAGAGAGUGCAAUAUACAACACAGAUGGAAAUAAGUGGAUUAGGACAGGUGAUAUAGGUGAAAUCACAAAAGAAGGAAAUCUGAAGAUCAUUGGAAGAAGCAAAGAAAUCUUUAAGUUAUCGCAAGGGGAAUACAUCAUACCAGAGAAGAUUGAAAACCUUAUACUAGCUGCAAAGAUAAAAGGUCUUGAGGAUAUUACAAUUGUAGGAGACAGCUCGUGUGACUAUGUGAUUGGAAUAUGUGUGAUAAGCAGUGCCUCUAAGGAGAUGGAGAAGAGUGUUUCUCUGUCAAUUGCAAAGGAGGGAGAGAGACUUGUACAUGCGGAGGAACUAAUCAAAAUAGAACUUCCAAAAAAGUUUAUCUUUACUGACUCUCUGUUUACAAUUGAAAAUGGCCUUCUGACGCCCUCAGGCAAGAAGAUAAGAAAGAAGAUUGUAUCACUGUAUAACAAACAAAUUCAGAAGCUAUACAAUACGGCCUAG